GAAAAGAAAGGAAAAGAAAAGGGAAAGCUAGCAAAGCAGAAAUCAACCGUGGACCAGAGCAACAUUAAUAUCUAGAAAUUUGUUAUCCUCUUCUGCUGCUUCUUAUAAUAAUUGGCGCUUCACUUUCACUCAAGAGCCUAUCUCAGGAGAUGGCCAAAGCAGGCACAAAGUUACCGAGUUUCUGUCUAAACAGAAUUAGGCCUCAUGCUAGAGUUCGUUCCCCUCCUGUACAUUCUAAGCCUGUGAAUGUCAUGAGUUCCAACAAAUCUGAUAAAAAAAGUGAGAAUCCUGGUACUGUCAAAGAAGAAGAAUCAGGUGAUGGGGUGAAACCCGGAUUGGUGAUUAGUAGGAGAAUAAUGGUUGUGGUUGAUUCCAGCCUUGAAGCUAAGGGAGCUUUACAAUGGGCACUCUCCCACACGGUUCAGAUCGAGGACACUGUUAUUCUUCUUUGCUUAACAAAGCCUUCUAAGCAAGGCUGCAGUCAAGGGUCCAGCAAGAAGAUUGUUCCAAGGAGUUAUGAAUUCAUUGACUCGUUGAGAAAACUGUGCCAGUCGAAGAAACCUGAGGUGAGGCUUGAGGUGGCAGUUGUGGAAGGGAGGGAAAAAGGACCUGCUAUAGUGGAAGAAGCAAGAAAACAGGGGGUGUCGAUGCUGGUUUUAGGGCAGAAGAAACGCUCCACAACAUGGCGCCUUAUGAUGAUGUGGGCAGGCAAACGGGUCACAGGUGGAAUUGUAGAGUACUGUAUCCAUAAUGCUGAUUGCUUGGCAAUUGCAGUGAGGAGGAAAAGCAAGAAGCUUGGAGGGUAUUUGAUCACCACCAAGCGUCAGAAAGAUUUCUGGCUCUUGGCUUAAGCAGUUUAAGUGUGUGUUAAUCUGUUACAGAUUGUGAUUCCUAUACACCUAAACACCUUCUACAACUCGGAGAAAGACAUAGUUUGUGGCCAAACAUUAAAUACGUUGAGAUUCGUAUGUUAUAUCUAUCUCUCUUCGAAA